AUGCCACCUCAAGAGAAAAGCGCUCACAAGCGGGGCAGGCUUAGUGUGGAUGCCGAUUCACAAGACCUGAAAAAACCGCGUCGGUCUCAACGACUCUCAAGCCAGCAUCAAUCACAGGAGACACCGGUAGACCAUGAUUAUCUACCAACUCCGUUGACUCAUGGCUAUUCGACCGCUACAGACAUCCGCAACGAAGUGACCGCAACUCCACCGGAAAGCCCAAGUCGAACCCGACCACCAUCGUCGCCCGAUCAAGACUUCUCUCAGGCGGUCUCAUCGCCACCGGGGGAUACACAGGCCCUGUCGCAGUUUGUUUAUCCCCCAAGAGCAUAUGCCGAUGAAGUGGAGGAUGAAGAUGCCGAGGGAGUCUGGGGGUACUUGAUCCCAUUGGAUGACAAAGUGAGCCAUUCCUUUGUCUUGAAGAAGCGGGAUAGUUGCGAAAAUCAAGAUGAGGCGGCCAAGGACAAGUCAGGGAAGAAACCCCAGGCCUACCUGAUGAUUGAUAGCCCUACGAUAUCAAAUCGACAUUUCCUCCUCUUUGAGGAGAAGAGAAAAGGCGAUGUAGUCGCGGUUUUAGAGGAUCUUUCUAGUAAUGGAACAUUUGUCAAUGAUGCCAUAGUCGGACGAAACAAGCAUCGCGAGCUUGAGGAUGGGGAUGAGAUUUCCAUUUUGAACGAGGCCCGGUUUUCCUUCCGCUACCCGCGCACCAGAGACGCCAAUCGCUUCCGUCAACAGUACCAGAUUCACCGACAGCUUGGUAAAGGUCACUUUGCGACUGUCUAUUUGUGUGUGGAAGGCUCCACAGGAAAACAGUUUGCCGCCAAAGUCUUCGAAAAGCGUCUGGGUGAUUCACAGAAAUCACAGGCAGAUACCCUGCAGCAGGAGAUCGCGCUCCUGAAGAGCGUCAACCAUCCCAAUCUCCUCUGCCUGAAGGACACCUUUGAUGAGAGUGACGCAGCUUAUCUAGUUAUGGAGUUGGCCCCAGAGGGUGAACUGUUUAACCUGAUCGUGAGCAAGCAGAAGCUCAGCGAGUCAGAAACCCGCCAUCUCUUUCGUCAGCUGUUUGAGGGACUCAAGUACCUGCACGAACGAGGAAUUGUACAUCGAGAUAUCAAGCCAGAGAAUAUUCUGUUGGCCGAUAAGAAGAUGACAGUGAAACUGGGUGAUUUUGGGCUUGCAAAGAUUAUCGGAGAAGACUCAUUUACCACGACUUUGUGUGGUACCCCCAGUUAUGUUGCGCCGGAGAUUUUGCAGGAUACUCGCCGACGACGGUAUACGAAAGCCGUGGACGUCUGGUCCCUGGGAGUGGUUCUUUACAUUUGCCUUUGCGGGUUUCCCCCCUUCUCCGAUGAAUUGUACACCCGGGACAAUCCCCUUACGCUGGCCCAGCAGAUUAAAUUGGGCAAGUUUGACUACCCUUCGCCUUACUGGGACUCCGUGGGCGAUCCUGCCUUGGAUCUGAUUGACCGGAUGCUUACCGUAGACGUGGAGAAACGGAUUACGGUGGACGAGUGUCUGGAGCACCCCUGGAUGACUGAAAAAUAUCCUAGCGUCACUGACAGCACUGAUGGACUGACUGGUGCCUUGGGCAACUUGGAUUUCUCCAAGCGCAAGAUCGAGCGAGAGCGAACUCUGCUAAGCAGUAUCAACGACGUCCAUUUCAGCGAGCAUGUGAAAGGCAGUGAAGCACCAAUUAAAGUCUUUCACAAGAACAAUGUUGGUCAACGUGUUCACAAUCGACCGGCCAAGGUCAAUCCCCGUGAGCCAUCUCCAAGCAACCAAGGUAACCCCAAGGGGUUUGUGAAUCACGGCGAUCGUGGUGAUCCCACAUUAUACGACGAACCAAGAUCGACAUGA